AUGACUGCAGAUCCUGUUGGCAUGGACCAAGAAUUACCCUCCAUCCACGUGCUCAAGACGGUGGACCGUCGAAAUGUUUGCGUGGGCGGAGGAUCUGGAAAAACGGGAGGCCUUUACCCUACGUGCUGUGUCUACUCGCCCACCGAUGCGAAGAAGAUUGUCGGUGGUUGCAGUGACGGGUCGGUUCAGCUCUUCUUUGACAAGGCACGCUUCAUGCGACCGGACAGGAUCCUCCGAAGUGCCCACACAGAACCUCUCACAGACGUGGGCUUCAUACCGGAGGGCAGCGAGAGCAACCUCCUUGUGACUCGGUCACUGGACAACUCCAUGAAAGUCUGGGACUGCCGGAUGCUCUCAGAUGCCAAGGGCCCUGUGAAGGUCUUCGAUGAUUUGCGAACAGCACACGAGAAGACCGGCAUCUGCACGUCGCCAGACGGGCGCUACUUGGUGACGGGCACUUCCCUUGCCAAGGGGGCUUUAGGCUCCGCAACCCUGCGACUCUACGAUGUGAAGACCUUUGGUUUAGUGAAGAGCCUGGACUUCGGCAAGAAGUCGCCGCUCCGGGUGGUGUGGCAGAAAGACUUGAACCAGCUCGUCGUGACCACAACCGUUGGCGAAGUGUUCAUGCUCUACAGCCCUUUCUCUUCCAGGAAAGGUGCGCUUCACUUCGUGGGACGAAAGGCCAAGACCAAGUCCGUGUACAGUAGCAUCGAAGAAGAUGGACAGGGUUCCGGUCCAAUCUUCAACAUGACAGACCCGGCAGAAAUGCAGCGCUUCUACCAGACAGGGCAUGGCGACAUGUAUAAAAUUCGGCGAGGAGAAGCUCGAAAGGUGAACAAGAACAUGACGCCAACAAGGCCUGACGAGGCGGGAACGAAGAUGCCAGAUCAAAAGUUCGGCGACUUUGCUGCCUUGGCCAUCAAGGCUGGCGCGCAGACGCUGCACUUGAACAACACUCGCGUCACAGACACAGACUCCCAGAAGGCCCUUCUAGAGUACCAGGACAAGAUAUCAGCAGAUGCGGCGAAGACCUCGCUGGUAGAUCGUGCAUAUUCGAACAACCAGCCCACGAAGAUCUUAGACUGGUCCGAAGAGCAGUCGGAGGGUGACAAGCGCAUGAUGUUAGCCAUGAAAGGGGAGUUCUGCCGGAAGUGCGGCAUGAAGAAUUGCCGCUGCGUGGACUACUCCAGAUACGGUGAAGGGUCGAAGAAGCAACGCAUAGCGUAG